GGCCGGGCAACGAGGGAGGGACGGACUGGGAGGCAGCCGCCGCAGCCGCCUGGCCACGGCGGCUCCGCUCCAUCGGGUCACCCCAGGAGGGCUGAGCCGCCCCCGCCUCCCCGGGAGCCGCCUGGGCCCGGGAUGGGGAAUACGGAGAGCGGGGAGGCCGGCGGGGGGCCCGGGCUGCUGCAGCCCCCGCUGGGGAAGGUGCCCAUGCCGGAUCAGGGGGAGCUGGAGGAGAGAUUCGCCCUGGUGCUGAGUUCCAUGAAUCUCCCUCCUGACAAGGCCCGUCUCCUGCGACAAUAUGACAAUGAGAAGAAAUGGGACCUUAUCUGUGACCAGGAACGAUUUCAGGUGAAGAACCCACCCCACACGUACAUCCAGAAAUUGAAGAGUUUCCUUGAUCCAGGAGUCACUCGGAAGAAGUUCCGUCGGAGGGUACAAGAAUCAACCAAAGUUCUGAAGGAGCUGGAGAUCUCUCUAAGGACCAAUCACAUUGGGUGGGUGCGUGAAUUUCUCAAUGAUGAAAACAAAGGCCUGGAUGUACUGGUGGAUUAUCUUUCCUUUGCUCAAUGUGCAGUGAUGUUUGAUUUUGAGGGUCUGGAAAGUGGUGAGGAUGGAGCGCUUGAGAAGCUGAAAUCCUGGAGCAGGUCCAUAGAGGAUCUGCAGCAUCCCAGUGCCCUGUCUGCUCCCUACGCCAACAGCCUUGCUCGCUCUGCGCGCCAGUCUGCCCUCCGAUACACCACUCUUCCCAGCAGAAAAGCCCUGAAGAACUCACGGCUGGUUAGCCAGAAAGAUGACGUCCAUGUGUGUAUCUUGUGUUUACGGGCCAUCAUGAACUAUCAGUAUGGAUUUAAUUUGGUCAUGUCACAUCCCCAUGCUGUUAAUGAGAUUGCUCUCAGCUUGAACAAUAAAAACCCCAGAACGAAAGCCCUUGUGCUGGAACUGCUGGCCGCUGUCUGUUUGGUGCGUGGGGGCCAUGAGAUUAUUUUGGCUGCCUUUGAGAACUUCAAGGAGGUUUGUAAAGAGCAGCACCGCUUUGAGAAAUUAAUGGAGUAUUUCCGCAAUGAGGACAGCAACAUUGACUUCAUGGUGGCCUGUAUGCAAUUCAUCAACAUUGUAGUGCAUUCAGUAGAGGACAUGAAUUUCCGAGUGCAUCUGCAAUAUGAAUUCACCAAACUAGGUUUGGAAGAAUUCUUACAGAAGUUGAGACACACAGAAAGUGAAAAGCUGCAAGUUCAGAUCCAGGCUUAUCUGGACAAUGUAUUUGAUGUGGGUGGGUUACUGGAAGAUGCCGAGACCAAGAAUGUGGCACUUGAGAAAGUGGAAGAGCUGGAAGAGCACUUAUCUCACUUGACAGAAAAACUGCUGGAUCUGGAGAAUGAGAACAUCAUGCGAGUGGCAGAGUUGGAGAAGCAGCUGCUACAACGGGAGAAGGAACUGGAGAUUGUUAAGGAGACCUAUGAGAGCGCAAGCAACCAGGUGCACACGCUGCGCAGAAUCAUCAAAGAGAAAGAGGAGGCUUUCCGGCAUCACUAUACCUCACAUCCAACAGGGGGAGACCACCUGCCGCUGCCGCCACCUCCAGAGGUGGAGAUCAACUUUAGUGACAUCCCAGAGGAUGACCUCCGCCUCCCUGUCCUGCCUCCUAUGGAGGCGGCUCCUCCACCACCACCUCCUCCACCACCUCUUCCCCCACCCCCACCUCCACUACCGGAUAAGUGCCCGCCAGCCCCUCCACUUCCUGGCACAUCUCCUUCUGUGGUGCUCACUAUGGGGUUAUCAGCAAUCCGGAUUAAGAAGCCCAUCAAAACCAAAUUCCGCUUGCCGGUCUUUAAUUGGACAGCAUUGAAGCCCAACCAGAUCAGUGGCACAGUCUUCAGUGAACUGGAUGAUGAGAAAAUCUUAGAGGACCUUGACCUAGACAAGUUCGAGGAGCUCUUUAAGACCAAAGCACAGGGACCUGCCAUCGAUCUCCUGUGCUCUAAAAAUAAGGCAUCUCAUAAAGUGGUCAACAGGGUCACCCUCCUGGAGGCCAACCGGGCCAAGAACCUUGCUAUCACACUACGCAAAGCAGGAAGAACCACUGAGGAAAUAUGCAAAGCCAUUCAUACGUUUGACUUGAAGACCCUGCCGGUAGACUUCGUGGAGUGCCUUAUGCGCUUCCUCCCAACAGAGAAUGAAGUCAAGCUGCUGCGCCAGUAUGAGAAGGAGCGGAAACCACUGGAAGAAUUGUCAGAUGAGGACCGUUUCAUGCUGCACUUCAGCAAGGUGGAGCGCUUGACGCAGCGCAUGGCCAUUAUGGCCUUCCUGGGCAACUUCAGUGAAAACAUCCAGAUGCUCAUGCCGCAACUCAGCGCCAUCAUUGCAGCCUCAGCAUCUGUCAAGUCUUCACAGAAGCUCAAGCGCAUGCUGGAGAUCAUCCUGGCCCUUGGCAACUACAUGAACAGCAGCAAACGUGGUUCAGUUUAUGGCUUCAAGUUGCAGAGUCUUGAUCUGCUGUUGGACACCAAGUCAACAGACCGAAAACUGACACUCCUGCACUUCAUUGCCAUGAUGGUGAAGGAGAAGUAUCUAGAGCUCAAUAACUUCUGGCAGGAACUGCACUUUGUGGAGAAGGCAGCUGCAGUGUCCCUGGAGAAUGUGUUGCUUGAUGUAAAGGAGCUGGGACGUGGAAUGGAGCUGAUCCGGCGGGAGUGCAGCUUGCAUGAGCACAACAUCUUGCGUAACUUUCUGAGUGUCAACGAGGGGAAGCUGGACCGGCUACAGAAAGACGCUAAGACUGCUGAGGAGGCCUACAACACAGUUGUGAGAUAUUUUGGCGAGAGUCCUAAGAUGACACCACCCUCUGUUUUCUUCCCAGUCUUUGCACGCUUCAUCAGAUCCUACAAGGAUGCAGAACAAGAGAAUGAGCUACGCAAGAAGCAGGAGCAGGCCCAGAGGGAGCAGGCCCUGGCUCAAGAAGCCAAGAGGCUGGAGAAGUUGCCUCUGCAGCGCAACAAGUGGCAGCAGCAAGAGUUGAUUGCCGAACUGAGGAGACGCCAGGCCAAGGAUCACCGGCCAGUCUAUGAGGGCAAAGAUGGAACCAUUGAGGAUAUUAUCACAGUCCUGCAUGCCCUGCCUUACCAACGGGCUGAUGCUGCAUUCCAGUGGUCCAGACCUAGUUCUUUUUUGCCAAAGAAACAUCUUCCUUCCUUGCAGAGAUUUUCAACUGAAGAAUCAAAGGGACCUUCAGGAAGUGCCUUACUGCGACAGUAUUAUUGUUAAUCUCGUAUUAUUUAAGAUGUAUUUUUUAAUCUGUACAUAUAUGACCACUUCCAUCCGCCCUUGUUCAUGUUCUUCCUUGCUGAGUCAAUUCUAAAAGACAGGAGUGUUUUGGCAUCUUUAGAAGUGAUUUCGGCUGCCGGGCAUCUGACGUCCUCUUUGAGAGUCUAAGUACUUUGAGCACUUUUGACCUUCUGGCAACUCAUCCUUGUUGGAGCGAGAUGACAGCCAUCAACUUGUUAGGGUCUGACACAUUACUGCAAGGGAAAAGAAGCACCAUUGUAGCAGUAGAUCUUGGAGGUGGAGCUAGUCAUGUGGAGUCAUGGUGUUUGCAAGGAGCCGUCUUCAGCAGUCCUGCACCUUUUACAGAGCAGGGUGAGAGCUUCCAUUGAGAAGUUUAGGAGGUCAGCCUUACUGGCCUUCAAGAAACCAGUGGAAUCAUUAUGCAGAAUGGGAAACAAAGUCUCAUGUCUCAGCUGUACAAAGUGAUCCUUAUGCUGGCUGGCAAGUGAUGGCAAGCUAACCAUUGAAGAUCACACACAAAAAAAGAUUCUGGGUAGGUGGCAGGCUGCUUUUAACAUUGUCUCUUUUAAUUUUAUGAAGGACCAAAUUUUGCUUCAUGUGUGUUGUUUAUAUACAGACCUCUUCUCAGUUUGUUGCACCAACUGGCAUAACCCACUCUGGACCAAAUCUAGUGUGCCAACUAAGGCCUCCUAAAACCUUUCGCAAAAUGCAUUGAUGGCUACCUUCUGUAGGACUGUUGGCCUCAUCAGGAGUAGCCCAAGCCAUUUUUGUACUUGAAGUACUUGAAUGACACUUUCCAUUAAUUCACAAGAGGCAGAACCCGCUGGGAGAUUCUCCAGCACAAGCUUCAGUGGAAUGUCAGAUGAAGGACUUCCCAGUGAGUUUUGCCUUUUGGUGAAACCUGUCUUGUCUCCCACUAGUCUGCCUUUAAGGGUAGCCAAAAUCCUCAGGCAGUCUCCUCACCUUUCAUGGUAGGACCAUUACUGGGCAUUGUACAAUUUGAGACUAUCUCACUUCAGGCCAGGCUGGAAAGUUUGGCUGUGAUGCUUCUUGAGACAAUCAGAAAAAAGAGGAUUCAUCUGAUCCUCAUUACUUGCUUGAUUUUUUUUGACCAAAGAUUUUUGCCUGUAAGAACUGCAAAUAACAUUAAGAAGCCAUUUGACAGCAAAAGUAGGAUUGCUUCUCAGCUGUUGUUUUUAAACUCAGGGAAGCAACCUGCCUUUGUGGGGGGUGGGGUGGGGUUCAGGCACUUUGUAGAAGCAAGAACCAAUUAAGGUUACAUUAUAUAUGGAUUUUAGUACACAGAACGGGCCUGUAGCUUCAACAUAGCUCCAAUACAGUUAUUUCUUCCUUCCUUCUAAUGCCAAUCCAGGCAGUCCCCUUUUAGUGUUCUAUAACCAGUGAUUUCUAUAGGAAAUACAAUGCCUUAUUGCUAAGCCCAUGAAUGCUGGGAAAAUGUGCUUGGAGGCCUGCCAUUCUCAUUAGGUUUGCCUUUGUGGUUUUGAGCCCUGCCAAAAAGCAGCCUGGAGCUUGUACUUUAAAAGAGGGCUCAAAGGGUCUAGGGGACUUAGACCUGUGCAAGAUCACACACUUUGCAUCAGUUGCUGUUAGGCAGCUCCAGAUGCUUACUCUGUGCAUGGUUGCUCAGAAGUUAGGCCCACUGAGUUCAAUGGUGCUUACUCCCAAGAAAUUGUGCAUAGGAUUAUAGUCUAAGAACAAGAUCCUACCACACCACUGAGGUUUGGAACACUGAGCACCAGAACUAAUGGAACCGUAUGGUAUUUUGGGAGCUCUGUGGAAUGAGACUUCUCGCCAACAGAAUUGCCAAACAUUAGAAUUUUUGUUUGUAUUUUUGUCAUUGUAUGCUGAAUAUGCCCUUUAUUUCUGUCCUGUGAAUAUGAAAAUUUGACUCAAAAACUUUAUGUAAACUAAUUUUCAGAUUUUUAAAAACAUAGACAAUGCAA